UCGUCUCGAUCGCGUCAGUCGUGUCUCGCUAUUCGUUCAGCAGCAGUAGUACAGAGUUCGGAGGUAAAGGCCGUAGCUUCGUCCAGUCUACUCGACGCUAAAGGGCAGACGUUUGUUCGUCGACUUUCCAGGUCGUUUAGCCAGUAUUAAGAGUCUCGAUAUAGAACGCGAUCAAGAAAGGACACGAGUAUCUUCGAUUCCCUCGCGCGCGCACCGGCUGAACGAUUGCCUUUGUCCUCUGUAUACACGAGACGUUGGGGUAACGCGAGAGAAUGUCGGACGACAAUUCACCCGUUGUCGAGGAGAAGAAGAAGCGAGGGAGGCCGUCGAAAACAGACAAAACUGUCGUUAAAGAAGCGAAAAAAAGAGGAAGACCCGCUCUAGAAAAGAACAAUGUGGUCCGUUCCGCGAAAUCUGACAACGAGGACGACGCGUCCCCUACGCCUGUUAAAAAAGCGAGGGGUCGACCAAAGGGAUCUCACAAAAAGAAGCAAGGAAAGCCUUCGGGGCGUGGACGUGGUAGACCCAAGAAGAAGGAGGAGAAACCAGAAAGCACCGGCGAGGAGGAAGAUGAGCAGGAGGAAGACGAAGAGGAGGAGGAGGAAGAGAAUUGAACAUGGAAACGUAUGUUCAACGUAUCAGGAUGAUUCUUUGAAGGUUUUUUUUAAUUCGUAACAAGUUUAAAAUAUUUAAGUUUGCUUUUCAUAUAAUAAUCUACAUGUUAAAGAAGCAGUAUAAUAUUAUUUAAACGAGGAAAGACGACUGCUCGAGUUCCAAGGAAGUUGACUGAAAAUAUAAUUUUUGUAACGACUGGGAAAAAUUGUACAGAACGAAACGUGACGAAAUGAGGUGCAAUUAUUAUUUUUAGUAAUACAAGUCUUUUAUUAUUAUUAUUUUGUAAUCGUUGAUGUAAUUAAUAGUUUCUUUCAAGUAUAUGAGAUUGUAAUAUAUCAGUAUAUUUAAACGUGGUAACAAAAAUUUCGAACGUUCGAAAAUUUCAACAUCGUAAACUUGCUUGGAAUUAAGACGAAGGUUUUGGCUGACAUGGUUUUUUAUUUCUCCGCCGACAUACAAUUGACAUUUCAUUUUUGGUUUGUCUAUCGUAAUUCUUGUUCGCCAAAAUCUCCGCAUACAGAUCCAACGACGUCGACACGUAAAAAGUAGGAAUAAAUAAAAGUGAUGCGUCUCGUGUGUACAACAAGUGUCUUUUGUUUCGAUUAAAAUUUGGACGAGCAAAGAUUCGACGUCGUUCUGUCGAGGCCAACAUGUGUGUGAAUGUCAAAUUUGUAUUUAAGUAAAUAAACUUUUAAACGAUUCUCUUA